GCCCCGCCUGGGAGGUCGAGACGGGCCGGCGCUGUGGACCCGGCGCCAGCUCCGGAGCCUUGGAGUUUUCGGGGGGAGGGAGGUCGUCAAACGGAGGCCGAGGGAAAUGAGGCGAAGGCCGCCGAGAACCGGGGAGCCCCGCCCCUCCGCCAUAGCGGCCUCCCGGUGCCGCCACUUCCUUUACAGCCUCCGGCCCUCCCCUGCCUUCCGGCCAUAGGCCGGGUCGGGCCGGGCCCCGCCGGCCGCCUCGGGAGUAACCCCUGCGCCGUGGCCCCUUUGGGGAGAGGAGGUGCCCACGGCCCGUUUGGGACUGUGUCCGAAAGGAAAGGGUUAGAAUGGGCUUCGGACUCGGCUGGGGUGGCAGAAGGCGGUCCCUGGCUCGCGACAGCCAGCAGCGCCUCUGGCCCCGAGGACCCUGGGUCACGGAGACUUCCCCACUCUGCAGAGGACGCUGUCUUACUCCAAGGGUCCAGGGCUCCAAUUCAGGCUUCCCCAGAGUCUCAGCUAGGGCCCUCCCUUUCCUAAGCAUACCCAGUAAGAGCAUGCGCUGUCUUUGGACAAGUAUUGGGCUAGGAGUUGGGAGUCCUGGGUUGUUACCCUGGCUCUGAAAGAGCACAUCCCCUUUGGCCCUGUUGAGGGCCGGUGGGAAGACCAUGAGGUUCCAGAAGGGUAAAAGAUGACAUUCUCUUUAAAUACAGCCUAGGGUGUGUCACUUGACCCCAAUGAGCCUCAGUUUCCACAUCCAUAAAAUGGCGAUGGUAAUUAUACUGGCCUCACAGGGUCUAAUGAGAUCUCGGAUGUAAAAACCAUGGAGAUUUUUAUUACUCACCACUCUGGGCAUAUUUAUCUCACGGGAAAAUAGAGUAAAACUAGUUGCUCUAAGUGUCCUGCCAUUUCAAGAGUCUGUGAUUUCGCAAAGGCGUUAUUGGGAAGUGAGGUCUUCAACUAGCCGAGAGGGACAACUCACUGGCUUUAUUUUAUUUUUACUUGGUUUACCUGUAAGCUAAGUGUAGGUUACAAGUCUCCUGUGGUCGCUGGGGCUAGAGCUUGACUCUGGAGAGAGGAAAGGAAGAAUGGAAGCCCGGUGAAGAGGCAGAGAAGCCUGAGGGAGCUCAGUCCAGGCAGCAACACCCCUGAAUUCCCGGUGGUGAGAGGAUGUGGCCCCUGGACCCGUCCAGGAAAGAGGUGCUGAGGUUUGCAGUCAGCUGCCGUGUCCUGACUCUGGUGCUGCAGGCUCUCUUCAAUGCCAUCAUCCCUGAUCAUCGUGCAGAAGCCUUCUCUCCUCCUCGCCUCGCCCCCUCAGGCUCUGUGGACCAACUUGUGGAAGGUCUCCUGGGUGGCCUGUCUCACUGGGAUGCCGAACACUUCCUGUUCAUUGCCGAGCAUGGCUAUCUGUAUGAGCACAACUUUGCCUUCUUCCCUGGCUUCCCCCUGGCUCUCUUGGUGGGAGCCGAACUGCUGAGGCCCCUGCAGGCAUUACUGAACCUACGGAGUCGCCUGUUAAUCUCAGUAGCGUUGCUCAAUUCCUUGUUCUCCAUGCUGGCCGCUGUCGCACUUCACGACCUGGGCUGUCUGGUUUUGCGCUGUCCCCGCCAGGCCUUUUAUGGAGCCCUGCUCUUCUGCCUCAGCCCCGCCAAUGUCUUUCUGGCAGCUGGUUACUCAGAAGCUUUGUUUGCCCUCCUGACAUUCAGCGCCAUGGGGCAGCUGGAAAGGGGCCGAAGCUGGACUAGUGGACUCCUCUUUGCCCUUGCCACUGGUGUACGCUCCAAUGGGCUGGUCAACAUUGGCUUUCUCGUGUAUUCUCAGUGCCAAGGCUUUCUGUCCUCUCUCAUGGUGCUGAAUCCUCUGAGACCACUCUUGAAGCUGAUGGGCUCUGUGUUCCUGUCUGUGUUCACGCUUGGCCUUCCCUUUGCCCUCUUUCAGUAUUAUGCCUAUACCCAGUUCUGUCUGUCAGGCUCAGCGCGCCCCAUCCCUGAGCCCUUGCUGAAGUUAGCUGUGGACAAGGGCUACCGGAUUGUGGAGGGAAAUGAGCCACCUUGGUGCUCCUGGGAACUUCCCCUAAUAUAUAGCUAUAUCCAGGAUAUCUACUGGAAUGUUGGCUUUUUGAGAUACUAUGAGCUCAAGCAGGUGCCCAAUUUCUUACUGGCUGCGCCAGUGGCUAUACUGGUUGCCUGGGCAACAUGGACAUAUGUGACCACCCACCCUUGGCUCUGCCUUACACUUGGGAUGCACAGGAGCAAGAAGAGCAAGACCCUAGAGAAAGCUGACCCUGGAUUCCUCGGCCCUCGGGUGUUUGUGUACCUGGUCCACGCUGCAGUGCUGUUGCUGUUUGGCAGUCUGUGCAUGCAUGUUCAGGUUCUCACCAGGUUUCUGGGUUCCUCCACUCCUAUUGUGUACUGGUUUCCAGCUUACUUGCUUCAGAAUCAAGAGCCACUGCUGAGAUCCCUAGAGACUGUGCCUUGGAAGCCCCUUGCAGGGGACUCCCUACCAGGACAAAAGAUCCCCAGAAAUUCUAUCAUGGGACUUGUAUACAACUGGAAAACCUAUUCUCUAGUCACACGAUGCAUUCUGGGCUACUUCCUGUCUUACUGGCUCCUGGGACUGCUCCUACAUUGCAACUUCCUACCUUGGACAUGACCUGGAGUCUCAGGGGUCUGGAAGUACAGAUAGACACUGGGACUGUCUGUGCUGCCCUGAGACCCUUGCUCUGUCCUUUAGGAACCUCCAGUCUCUCUGAAGGUUGGUCAGGAAUGGGAGAAGCGUGAGCCACUGGAAAGCCCCAUCUGGUCCUGGCUAUGGCAAAUUUUAGAUUAGUACCUAUUUUCUCUGUAAGUGAAGAAAUCUUCCUCUCCAAGUCUAAAGUACAGUUGCAUUUGUCUCGUCAACCAAGCGUAGAAGAGACAGUUGUAAACUUAAAUGUAAAGUAUUUAAAUGUCAAUGUCAAUGUAAGUAUUUCAAUGUCAGUUUCAUCAAAGGCUCUAGCUGACAGGCUGGUAAUAGUCCACACAUGAUGGUGGAGGCCUGAACAGUGUACUGGCAGUAAGUAAAGGAGGACCAUCUUUUUUAAAUGGGAGAUUGUUUCUGUUUAUUUUCAUGAUUUGUUCAUUUAUUUAUAUGAAAAAUCUUACAAAGAUACACACAAAUUAAACAACUUUUGGUUAUGCAUGCAA